GACGAUACACCGUCCCCGAGGUGUACCGAGGCCGACACCUAAAGUGCGCGCCAAUCGCCGACUUCGUCGUCAGUAGUCAGAGACAGUCAAGCCGACGAGUGUGCCGGAAGAAGAUGAGCUAUCCGAGGAGCGUGACCGUGCCGUUGCUCCUGGCGAUCCUGGCACGUGUUCAGGCCGUCACCUUAUUCAAUGCCCCGUCAUGUCCCAAUCCUUACGGGAUCCACGCUUACGCUCAUCCUGAGGACUGUGGGGCCUUCUUCCUAUGUACGAACGGUACCUUAAGCUACGAGUAUUGCGAGAACGGACUUCUGUUCGACGGACACGGCUCUAUCCACAAUCACUGCAAUUAUAAUUGGGCUGUCGAUUGCGGCAAUCGCAAGGUCGACUAUACGCCAAUUAGCAGUCCGGGUUGCGAGUACCAGUUCGGCAUGUACCCAGAUAGUGACAGCUGCAGCACUAAUUACAUCAAAUGCAUCUACGGCGAACCGCAUCCGACCCAAUGCGACUCGGGUCUGGUCUACAACGCGAAGACUCAUACGUGCGUCUGGCCCGACGAGCUCAUCCCCUUCUGCAACCCCGAGGCUAUAGUAGGUUUCAAAUGUCCGCACAAGCUACCCCCCAACAGCCCCGCUGCCAAGUUCUGGCCCUAUCCGAGAUUCCCUGUACCAGGUGAUUGCGGGAGAUUGAUCACCUGCGUGGACGGUCAUCCGCGACUUCUCACCUGCGGAGAUGGAAAACUAUUCGACUCAGUGAGCCUGACUUGCCUGGAUCCAGAUGAUGUUCCUCACUGUACUAACGGUGUUUAAGAAUAGAGGCACAUUCCUGACAAUCACCUGAUAUCCUAAAUCGGCAAACAACGAAAAAAGACAACAAACCAUCAAACAAUGAAAAACUAAUACAUUUGAUGACAAACAAAAAAUUAAAAA